AACGAACAAGCGCGUCGGCCCAUUACGAAGCCUCACGUCUCCGACUCCCCUCAGCACCGGACCACCGGCGGCGAGGUCGCGCGAGCGUGGGACUGGGAGUCGAGUGGAGGAGGAGAAAGAGGAGGAGGUGACGGCGAUGUCGAGCCGGUUCUGGAGGUGGUACGCGGACCGGCAGUUCCACAAGUGGGAGAAGACGGUGCUGUGGGACAUGGUAGAGCCCUACCGCCCGCCGCGCUCCUUUGCGCCACUCGUCGGCACCUACGUCGCCGCCUUCUACACCGGCGUCGUCGGGGCCGCCGUCACGGAGCAGCUCUACAAGGAGAAGUACUGGGAGGAUCACCCCGGCGAGGCGGUGCCAAUCAUGCCGCCCAAGUUCUACUGGGGGCCAUGGAGGGUGAUGAACGGAGAAGUUCCCCGCUUCAUCCAGCCGCCUGACGAGGCCAAGACGGCGUAGGAGCUUCAAGCCUUCAAGCAAGCAUCAAGCUACUUUUUUUUUUUUCCAAAGACGCUUGUAUAUGGUCUCGAUAGAAAAAAAAACAUGGAGAAACUACUGUCCACGAGUGUUUACUGUACUGCCUCUCCUGUGAUUUCCUCGUUGGAUGAUUACUGAUUAGACGACGGGUCUACUGUGAUUUCCUCGUUGGGUGAUUACUGAUUAGACGACGGCAUGGUAAUGGUGAAUAAACUGUCUGUGCGUUUAGUCUAAGCAAA